AAUAAAUAUUCAUUAGGUUAGAGCUGUAAGCUGACUAGGACAAGGAUGCAUCUGCAUUGGGAGCGCAGUAAUAAUAGUGGAGGAGACUGCUGUAUAUCUUCUCUAUCAUGGAUGGGGAAGGUUCCAGAAGAAAUACCAGAGGAGGAUGGUUGGAAAUUGUCUAGAAAUAAUUACUACCAGGAGGGUUGGCUGGCUACAGCUAAUGUUAGAGGGGUUGUCGGAGUGACCUACACGACAUCAUUCUCCGCUGGAGGUCAACCUACUGAAAUCCCAGCUCGCACAAACUAUAAUCUUAGAGGUCAUAGAUCCGAGGUGACGCUAGUGAGCUGGAAUGAGCCGUAUCAGAAGCUCGCCUCAUGCGACUCAACCGGGAUCAUUUUCGUCUGGAUAAAGUAUGAGGGUCGUUGGUCUAUAGAGCUGAUAAAUGACCGAAACACGCCGGUCAAAUCCUUUGCCUGGUCACAUGACGGUAGAAUGGCGCUAAUCUGUUACCAGGAUGGAUUUGUUCUGGUUGGAUCUGUGGCUGGUCAGCGCUACUGGUCAACUACUUUACCACAGAAUGCUACAGCUACCUGCGGUAUUUGGACCCCUGAAGAUAACCAGGUUUACAUUGGAACCGUGCAAGGGGACAUUAUGGUAAUGGAUCUGCAUGGAAACCCUGUGACAAGGGUAGAGCUGUCUACCGACCUAUCCAUCCUAAAUCUCACCUGGAACUGUGAGAAAUUCAAUAUGGAGGAGAGAGAUGACUCAUCGCAUCAGCUAACUGAAAACCGGUUACAGAAAGUCAGUGUUCUAGCUGUCAGCUAUACUAACGGAGAUAUAGAUCUUGUACGCGGCCAUGAUGAUGUUAGUCCCAUCCAUAUUCAUACUGGCUUUCAGACCAUGUACGCAGAGUGGAGUAAUUCUGGAGAAUUUCUAGCAGUGGCAGGACGGACACCUUUAAACUUGUCUGAAAACAGCCAUGUAAACCGUAUCAAAUUCUAUAGAGAAAACGGCAGUCUGAUUUCUUCUGUAAUAAUUCCUUGUUAUAAGAGUCCUGUGUCUGCUCUAACCUGGGGGCACAAUGAUAAAAGAAUAUUUGUUGCAACAGGAGCACAGGUUCAUAUUGGUUGGAUAAACCGUAAAAUAGGAAGUUUACAACUGCUCUCCAGGCUUCAAAUACAUAGCACACUAAAAACUACAAAACAGGUUGAUAGUCUCCCUCUACCCUGCAGAGCUAAGAACCUAAUCUCUAGCCUGUUUACACAAACAAUAAAGUGCCAUGUCCCAGACCGUACAAAGCUCCGUCAGUUUGUGAGCAGAUCUCCUCCUGCUGGAUUGCGGCACUACUGUACUAUGAUCAGACACGGAGAUGAAUUUACUGGGCCAAACUACACCAUAUACCUCGAGCACCUAGGUGGAUUUCUACCAAUACUAAAGGGAAGGAAGACGAGUAAACUUAGACCUGAGUUUGUAAUCUUUGAUCCCAUGAAAGAAACUAUUGGAGGCACUCGGCUCCUGGCGGGGCUAACUAAUGAGGGCUCAGAUACAGACACAGAUACAGAGUCAUUUACUUACAGGGAUACACAGAUUCAGAUACAGAUACAGAUAUAUUUUGGGUAUAUUGGUAACGAGGAGGUGGAUUAUGUAAACAAUCUACCUGAAGAUGCUAAGAUGGUUGAAAUAUCUUCAAAUAUCUGGGGAACAAAGUUCAAUAUUCAUUCUCUUGAUAUAUCUCUCCCUCCUAUACUAGGCCAGAUAUCUUACAAGGCGAGUUUACUCCAUCUUCAACCAAGACAGAUGCGUCUUAUUCUCACAGAACUUAGGGAUGAUCUUGUUUUGAAUGAGUGUAAUGGGAACUAUACAAACUUCAGUGAGGAUGAAGAAGAAAUUGACAAAUUGACUAUGGAAGACGACAUGCUGACUGCUGUAACUCUAAAGGAUUAUCCCGUAGUUGCCCCUCUUCCGUCUAUUUCCAACCGUCUCUCCAUCAUGGACUUCCAAAAGAUCUCACCGUCUAGAAUGGACUACACAGACCGCCGCAUGGACUGCACUGACCGGAAACAUGUGUCCAUUAUACCUUCUGUAGCUGUAACAGUUCCAGAUUCUCCUGAACCCAGUAUUUCAUCAAAAGCCUCCGAAAUUACAGGGUUACAAGGUUCAUCUCUAUUUGGGACCAGCGCUGACACAAAUGGAGUCUCUCAAGUACAAAUUAAACACCAGAGCACCAUUUCUUCCUUGGCGGCCAAAUUAGAAAGCUUGUCAACCGAUCCAGAUAUCGAAAUAAACAAUAAAUGGCCAACUAAACAUAGUUUAUCUUACUCUAAGAGUUGUGAGAAUGAACUUGACAGUGAAUCAGGAGAUAUGCCUGUGAACUGCUUGAAACUAGGUAGAAGGGAUAGCGUUGGAGCUUCUAACUCACAAACUUCAAGUCCAAACUCAAGCAUUGCCAGUCCAAGACGCUGGGCAGCUAAGGCCGAGGAGCUACGUGAGCCUGAAGGUGGUUGGAAUCUUCUAAAACCAGAACAGAUGGAGAAAAUUACCAAUUCUUGUGUACGUAGCUGCAGCGUAGAUCAUUUAGGAGCUUUAGUCGAUAUACUAGGGGUGCCUAGUGACGCAGUUUCAGUUGGAGAGAAUACGAGAAGAUUGGUUUUAUCUGUGGAGAAGAAAAUUGAGCAGAGAAGGAAAUUGGGAACACUAGGGAAGAGUCGCAGUUUGGAUACAGACGCUGAACCCUGUAUACUAGAUACAAGAAUCCUGUUAACAAACUGCUCUGGGGGCCAUGGUACAAAGGAGUGUUCCUUGUGUACUAAUACAGACAAACAGAAGGCGAGAUUAAGGUUAACGAAAGUUGGGAAGAGUAGAGAGAUAAAACAAGAAUCUAUUGGUUCAGAACCCGGUACUCCAGUACACCUUCCUAGGAGAUUCCGAGACAAAUUGUCAGUUCCUGAACCUAGCCUGGUUUCUCAGAGUAGUCCGAAUACUCCUCUUACCUCCAGGAAACUUAAAUCCUCGAAACGGCAUCAGUCUUUUAGUCCUGUCAGAACCUUGCUGAAUUCUCCGAUUCUCCGGCGGAAAAAAUCCUCAUUUGACUCCAGUGACGAGGAUAUUACUGAUAUUCAUCACAGUGUGAUUGGAAUUGAAUGA